AUGGAAGAAUAUAUCGGUACAACUCUGACAAAAUUGAAAACAAAACAAUUCAGCGAAUUAACAAUAGUUAUCGGCAACGAAAGCUGCGACUUAGACUCUGCAGUCAGCGCCCUAGUUUUCGCCAAUUUUCUAUACUGGCAACACAAUCAAAUGAAAUGUAAGGUUUGCACCAGAGAGUAUAGAGAUGGCUCUAUGGAUUACAAGGAUGAAUUGUUUCUACCGGUGAUAAAUGUUGAUAGAAAUGAUUUUCCGUUAAAAACUGAAGUUGCUUUCUUAUUUCGUGAGAAAGGGAUUAAUGCGAGUGAUUUGGUUUUCAGAGAUGAUUAUGACCUCCCUGAACUGCUAAAGAGUACAAAAUCGAAGGUCGUAUUGGUGGACCAUCAUGUUUUGGCGAACAGAGACAAGUUUUUAGCCGAGUAUGUCACAGAGAUUAUUGAUCAUAGGCCCAUAGAUAAAACCGGCUGGGUAUACAAACCGGAUACCCGGACAACUAUAGAGACUGUAGGCUCCUGCUGUACCCUCGUGGCCCAAAGACUGAAGGACCUGGGCGCUUUGAUAGCUAAAGAUGUCGAUUACUUCAACGCCUAUCCGGUCUGCAGUGAGAUGUUGCAUGCUACAAUAAUAUUGGAUACGGUGAAUUUCUCUAAAGAAGUGAAUAAGGGUACACCGCACGAUGAAGAGAUUUUAUUGUUCCUAGAAAGUCUUCUAAAGCCAGCAGAUUGUAAAGCUGAAAGGGAAAAGGAACUAAAUACUUUGGUAACAGCCAGGACGGACGUCUCCCAGCUGUCAGCCGCCCAGUUGUUAAGGAAAGAUGUGAAAAUUGUGGGAAACGUACUUGUGCCAAGUUUUCCUAUAUUGGUAAAGGAGUUUCUAAGUCGUCCUGAAGCUUUAAAGGCGGUGUCCGAAGCCCUAACUCAAACUAACUGUGACGUAGCUCUACUCCUGGGUAUGGAUUUAAGUGAAGGCCUAAAAAGAGACACUGCUGUGUUUUCUACGAGUAAACCACAAAAAGCUGUGUUGUUAAGCAAAUUUCUAGAAGACUUCAAGUCUCCCUCGCUGGGCCUGUCGUCGGAGCAGUUGGACAACGCCAUGCAUUGCUCCUACUACUGGCAGCUCAACCUCAGCGCGUCACGCAAGCAAUAUAUUCCCGCGCUGAAUCAAUUUCAUGGAAUUUUGUGA